AUUACAGACGAAUAUCACAGAACAUAGUGUUUUAGUCCGAAAUCUGGUGUAGUCAUAUCCAAGUACUAAGUUUUAGUACUAGACUUUUGCUUGUGGAAAUGGCAAGAACUGAAUUGGCAAUUGGUGAGGGUAGCCAAGGAGGCAGGGGUGGUAGGAGAGGACGUCCAGAGGGAGGAAGGUAUGCUCGAUACACAGAAGAGCAGAUUGAGGUUCUUGAGAAAGUUUAUGCAGAAUGCUCAAAUCCAAACCAUUACAGGCGGGCACAGAUUAUGCGUGAACAACCUAUUCUGAGGGGCAUAAACAACAAACAACUCAAAGUCUGGUUUCAAAACCGCAGAUGUCGUGAAAAGCAGAAGAAAGAAAAUGGCAAUCUUGCAUUAGAAAAUAGGCGGUUGGCUACAGCAAAUAAGAUGUUAAGGCAAGAGAAUGAUGGCUUGCAGAAAAAGUUAGCCCAAGUAUUAUGUGAGAAUGACCAUUUGCGGAACCAAGUCAUCACUUUAACUUCGACAAUUACCACCUACAACUUGGGCCGUCAGCCUGAAGCCAAUGAUCCUCAGCUUCCCAUUAGGAUUGGUGAUAACAACAGUCUUCUCUCACUGGCUGAGGAAACGAAGAAAGAGUUCCUCUCCAAAGCCAUUGGAACUGCUGUUAACUGGAUCCCUGUUCCAGGGCUGAAGCUGCGUAAUCCAGAAUCCACCGGGACUAUCUAUGUCUCAGCUACUUGCAUUGGAGUAGCAGCACGGGCAUGCGUUACGAUACCUGGUGAACCUAUUAAGAUAAUUGAAAUCCUCAAAAACCGGCUCUCUUGGUCUCGAUCUUGCCGUAAUAUGGAUGUGGUUGCCAAGUAUCCUGUGGAGAAUGGAGGAACCAUUGAAUUAAUCUACACACAGUAUUACGCUCCUACUAUCAUGGCUUGUGCUCGAGACUUCUGGACAUUAAGAUACACUUCUAUUUUAGAUGAUGGCAGCUUUGUGGUAUGUGAACAAUCAAUUUCUGGUUCUGAUGGCGCACCAAGUUCACCUGUUGCCCUAGAAUUUGUGAGAGGGAGGAUGCUGGUUAGUGGAUAUUUGAUUCGCCCAUGUGAAGGAGGAUCAACUAUAGAUCUUCUUGACCACUUGGACUUGGAGGCAUCAUCUGUUCCAGAGGUUGUACGACCUCUUUAUGAGUCAUCCGAACUUAUGGCCAAGCAAAUGAUUGUUUCUGCACUUCACUUUAUUGAGCAUGUGGGCAAUGAGACUAAUGGCAAACAAAUACAUUCUUGCCAUGAGGACCCUGCUUUCUUGAGAUCUGUAAGCCGAAGACUUUGCAGGGGCUUCAACGAUGCUGUCAACUGUUUUUCUGAAGAUGGGUGGACAUUGAUGAAUGUCAAUGCGUCUGAUGACAUUAUUAUGUCCAUUAAGCGAACUGCGAGUUUUGGAGUGGGUGCUAAUUAUGAUAGUAUAAUUUGCGUGAAAGCCUCUUUACUGCUUCAGAAUGUAAUCCCUGCAAGCUUGGUGAGGCUUCUGAAAGAGCACCGUUCCGCUUGGAUGGAUUUCAACUUUGCUGAUCAUUCGGUAGCAUUUUCGAAAGCUGCCUGCUAUGCAUAUCCAGGACCGACUAUCCACAAUUUAUCUGGAACUCCUGUGAUGCUUGGCCACACCAAUCAUGACGACGAGGAAUUGGAAGUAAUUCGAUUUGAACGGAGUGCUAAUCAACAGCAUGUUUCUUCAGGGGAUUUAUAUCAUUUGCAGGUUAUCACUGGAAUGGACGAUACGGGUUUUGGAGCUUGCUCGGAACUAAUCUUUGCACCAAUUGACAGAACUAUACCCAAUGAUGCUGCUCUAUUAUGUUCUGGUUUUCGAAUCUUCUUGUUGGGUUCAAAUACAGGAGAGGAUACUGGAUCAUCAAAUAUCGCACCAAAUGAGGCACUUAAUGCUAGGAAUGCGCAGGCAGCCAUUAGCCACCCACUGUCGAUGCUGAUUGUGGCCUUCCAAUUUCCUUCUGAAGCUGAUCUUCAGGAAGACGUUGCAUCCAUGGCUCGACAGUAUGUCAAAAGUGUAAUUUCAUCUGUGAAAAAUAUUUCUCUAAGAACCAUGUCAUCAGGAUCAAAUCCUGUAAUGCACUCACAUGAAGCAAAUCCAGCCAUGGGGCUCAAGAUUCCAGAAUCAACCUAUUUUGUCAACCUGGCCGACCUGAUAUGCCAAAGUUAUAGAUCAAGUUUGGGUGUUGAUAUGGUUGGCUUCAACUGCGAGAGUACUGAUUCAAUGUUGGAGCAGAUACAUCAUCACCACUAUGCAAUACUGUGUUUCUCAUUCAUGUCUCUUCAAGCGUGCCUGUACGCCAAUCAAGCUGCGCUUAACAUGCUAGAGACAACACUAGACAAUCUGCAUAUGCUCACAGUUGAACGGAUACUUGAUGGCUCUAAUAAUUUGUCACUAUUUUCUGUUUUCCCAACGAUAAUGCAGCAGGGGUAUGCUAUUUUACCACCUGGAAACUGUCUAUCAGUAACGAAUCGUUGCGUUUCGUAUGCACAAGCUGUGGUGUGGAAAGUGCUGGCUCCGGAUGGUUCUGUUCAUUGCCUCGCGUUAGCACUCAUCGACUGGUCCUUCGUCUAAGCAUUAUGAACUUGCAGAAGUUUUAUUUUUAAUCUAAAUGAUUGUGAAUUGGCUUGCUACCAUCACCAUCAGGAUUAGCAUUCAUGAGACAUGACAUUUCAGGCAUGUAUGCAGCAGUGACUAGUCACUUUG